AAACCCUACUACUAUACUCCACUCCGGCGGCGGCAAACCGAGCACCCCCACCCACCUCCGCGUCGCGCGCCAUGGCUCUCCUCCUCAAGCCCAAGCGCCACCUCUUCCCCUCCUCCGCUCGCCACCUCCGACGUCUAUGCGACGCCGCGCCAACCCUGGCGCCGCCGCCGGAGCCGGAGCCAGAGCCGGAGCUGGAGCCGGAGCCCGCGUUGGCUCCGUCGCUGACCACCGCGGAAACCAAGCUCUUGGACGCGCUCCACGCGGCCCUCGUCGACCACCGCCGCGCCCACCCGGCCGCGCCGGUGCCCGCCACCGCGCCCUCCGAGCCGCCGCUGCCGGAGCUCUCCUCCGCGCUCUCCGGCCUGCUCGCUUCCCCUCCUUCCCCGCAGCUCCCGCUCGGCCUCCUCCGCCGCCUCCUCGCGCUCCGCCGCGGCGUCCCACUCCCCGAGGCGGUGGCGUUCUUCCACCACGUCCUCCCGUCGCUUCCGCCCGACUCGCUCCCCGCCUUGUACGCCGCCAUGAUAGACCUGCUCGCCAAGCACCACCACUUUCCCCUCGCCCGCCACCUGCUCGACGAAAUGCGCGAGCGCUCCGUCCCCAUCUCGGCGCAGCUCAUCCUCGCCCUGAUCCGGAGGUACGUCCGCGCGGAGAUGCCGUCGGAGGCUUCCGACCUCUUCCGCCGCAUGGAGGAGUAUGGCGCCGGGGCUCCCGACCCGGCCACGCUUGCUUCUCUUCUUGGGGCGCUCUCCAAGAAGCGCCUUGCCAGUGAGGCCCAGGCUAUGUUUGACAGUUACAAGUCCGUCUUUACGCCGGAUGUUGUGCUUUACACAACGCUGGUGCACGCGUGGUGCCGUUCUGGGCGGCUCAAUGAGGCCGAGCGGGUGUUCGCUGAAAUGCAGCAAGCUGGGGUCACACCAAAUGUGUAUACAUACACAGCGGUGAUUGAUGCAAUGUACCGUGCAGGGCAGGUGCCCCGUGCUCAGGAGCUCCUGUGCCAGAUGAUCGACUCUGGGUGCCCGCCGAACACAGCGACGUUCAAUGCCAUCAUGAGGGCGCAUGUCAAGGCUGGGCGAUCCGAGCAGGUUCUGCAGGUGCACAACCAGAUGCGGCAGCUCGGCUGUGAGCCCGACAUUAUCACAUACAAUUUCUUGAUGGAGACACAUUGUGGGAAGGGGCAGAGUAACCUUGAUGCUGCGAUGAAAAUGCUCACAAGGAUGAUUGCCAAGGGUUGCAUUCCUGAUUGCCACACAUUUAACCCCAUGCUGAAACUGGUGCUUGUGCUUGGCAAUGUAAAUGCUGCCCGGAAAUUGUAUGAGCGGAUGCAGGAGCUGCAGUGCAAGCCAAAUGUCGUCACAUAUAAUUUGCUUAUGAGAUUGUUCAAUUUGGAGAAGUCAAUGGACAUGGUGCUGAGGAUAAAGAAGGACAUGGAUGCACAGGGAGUGGAGCCAAAUGUGAAUACUUACGCUGCUCUAAUAGAGGCCUUCUGUGGAAGGGGAAACUGGAAACGUGCACACAUGACGCUGAGGGAAAUGGUUGAGGAGAAAGCCCUUAAACCCACAAAGCCAGUCUAUGAUAUGGUAUUGGCCCUGUUGAGGAAGGCUGGUCAGCUCAGGAGGCAUGAAGAGCUUGUGGAGAUGAUGGUGGACCGGGGUUUCAUCAGCCGCCCAGCUAAUGAUGCAUUGUGGAGGGCAAUAUCUGCUUGAUGAUCUUUAUGUUUAUUAUGUUAUUGGUGUGCAAUCUCAUAAAAAAGUUUUUCUUGCAGGGAGUUUGCAUCUGGAAUAUCUGCAAAAUGUCGGCUGAUAGAAUCAAACAGCAGGGGUCAGCCUUGUCUCAUGGGUGAUCACAGGAUGGCCUCCCUGUUUCUGCUGUUGUUUCCAUGGACUGUUGAGAUAUGAUUGAGAUAAUCUACGCGGCUCCAAAUCUCAUUUCCAAUGCUUAUCUGGCACAUCAAAUGAUCUCCUCUAUUGUAUUUGUGUAAGUACCCAGGUACAAAAGGCAAGCAAAUAUAAAACAAACUAUUAUGAUCUGUACAUGGGCCAUGAGCCCAUGAGUAAUCUAUAGGACAAAAUCAAAGGUCAGUAAGCACCGCACAAGUACUUUUUGCAGCUUAAUAUAUGUUAAUUAUGCUUCAACAACAUCACCUUUUUCUGAAACUGCAUGCUUGGCACUAUCUUACACUUUCCUUUAAUCAGGUUCUUUAUUUCUUUUCAGGUAAUGCAAGAUUCACUUUUGUGGUGUUGGCAUGCAUGCAUGGCUCACCGAAUGGCCGGUGCGUCUUGUUAGGCCGGUUCAUGCAACUGCAUUUUUUGCACUGGUACACCGCUCUGACUCGAUUCGCCUAUCAAUUCCAAGCCUAAGCUUCCUAGCUUGCAAGCAAUCACAUGGCAGUAGGGCAUCUUUUCUCGCUUGGAAUCAUCUACCGGGGAACUGUCAGGCAUGAGGCACAACCGGACACAGGGAUAUGCCUCUCCAAGAAAUGAAAUAGGAGCAAAUUGGUCAGAAUCUUGUUUGAGCCUGUGGGCUAAGGUCUACAUGUGAACCUUUUUCCUUCGCCGUGUGAGGGACUCCAGCUUCUUCCCAGAUCCCACUGCCUGGUUGGUUUGUGUUAGUAGUAUGUUACUCUCUGCAAUUAGAUUAAUUAACCUGUGACUGUGAGCCUGUUGGAGCAAGCAAUCAUCUUUUAUGUUUGCCACCACCUCAUCUCCUCUUUUUCUUUUGUUUAUUUAAUUUAAUCUGAUGCAUGGAUGUAGCAUUGUACUAUUGUACCUGCCUACCUGGUUUGUCCCAAUGAUGGCAUUUGCGCUUGCCAAUCUACUGUUUGCUUCUGCAAA